AUGGCCGCCCGCAGAGGGGAGAAGGAGCCGCUGGACGCGGUGCAGCUGAACCAGCUCCAGACCGAGCGGGUGCGGAAGGAGCUGAAGAGCCAGAGGCUGCACACGGAGUUCAGCGUGAACCCGCUCCAGCCCGUUCACACCCUCGCCAAGAAGCCCAUGUCUUGGCAUGAUAAUAUAGAAGAGAAAGGAGACGAGAAGUUUCUGAAUCUUAUCCACCAUGCAGCACUGGAGCCAACAAAGAAGUAUUCAGAGCCACAAACUGAAAGCCAAGAAAUUGGCUGGAAUGCACCUUUGAUUCAUGUGGACCGCACUGACCGCAGACUCCACUUCCCCCGCCGGAAAACUGAUAUCACUAAAUAA